GAGAGAGAAUUCCCUGGGCCCGGUUCGACCGUCGAAGGAGAGGAGGAAUGAAAGGCAGCAACAGCAGCAACCAGCAAACCAGCAGCAAUAACAACAGCAGCCAAGAAGGUAGAAUCCCGCUCACUGGCGCAUUUUACCUCGGGCCUCGGCACGGUCCGCAUUCGGAAACUCUCCCCUAUUUCAAACCUUCAGGAACGCAUACUUUCUCCAUUAUUUCAAUUUUUGUUUUUUCUUUUAGUGAUAAAUUGUGUUUUGUGUAAGGGCUGUUUUCUCCAUUUGAAAAAAAAUUAUUUUUUAAAAUCAAACGUAAAGAAAACAGUCCGAAGUAAUCAUCAGAAGUGUUGCUAGGGUAACAAAACGAACGCACGACUAGGCGCGAUUAUUCGCGCUGGUCGCGAGAAGAAGGCGAGUGUGUGUGUGUCUUUAUUCAAAGUGAACUUUAUGACCUGUGGUGAGUGCGACGACACAACAACGGCCAAGUGCUGAGGUGGUGUUUGUGCAUGAGAAUAAUGCGGUAGGAUCAUGAGGAUUCAGGAAAGAUGGUUUUUGAACGCAGUGGUGGCUGUUUGCUUCCUAGGCGCGGUUUUCUGUGCCACGGACGCGAACACAUGGACCACGACACCCGUCGACGACAAUAUUCCAGGAGUAGAACCACUACCAACUGUGCCAAUAUCAGAAAGUGACACCAUUGCAAGGGUGGUUGAAACUAAAAAUGAAUACCCCACCAAAGAUGCUGAUUCAAAAUUAUUAUCAAUCGAUAGCAAAAAGAAAGCUUUUGAUUUCAAGCCAAAAGUUGAGAUGAAAUAUCCAAAGCCCGCUAAGGAAGAAUCAUUAGUAACUGAACAGUACACUAAUACUGAAACAAUGGAAACAACAACGACAAUUUUUGAAACAACAUUUGAAACCACAACCGAGGAACAAGAAAUGAUUACAAUGAGCGAAAAAUUAAUUGAAAGCAACAAAACAGAUGCAAUUCCUAUUUUGGUUCAAGGUAUACCAAAUUUGGUACCGAAACUCAAUCCGGUUUCAAGUACCGAAAUUCCAUCGACAACAAAAAUUAUUUCAAUGUCCGAAACAACCACAAAAGAGGAAGAAAUAUCGACAACGAUGGAAACAACUUCUUCGAGAGCCAGAGCUCUUAACAUAUCUGCUCCUGAGCCGACAAAUUCCUUACAUGCAAACGUAACGGACCUCAGUGAUGUUAGCAUGGAUGCUGAUGAUAAAGAAGUCGAAGGUGGCGAGUACAUUGCUCCAGAGAACGACACAAGCAUAAAUAUUUUCCCAACAUUGAUACCAAUAAUUACCAUUUGCACGGAAGGUAAUAAAACGUUUGCAGUAGGGGAAAAAGUCACAAGAGGUUGCGAUGAAAAAUGUAUAUGUGGAGAAGAUGGAAAAAUUGUCGAUUGUAAACCAAUGUGUACAACUCCCUAUGUUCGUGCUGGAAAAGGAAUUCACGAUCCACUUUGCGAGGAGAAAAUGAUUCCAGAACAACCAUGUUGUGCAAUUAUGGUCUGCGCUGAAGAUUCAGCAACCGAACCAGAUGAAACAUGCAUUUUUGGUAAUAAAACUCUAACAAGAGGUCAAAGAGUUGAAGAUGGAUGUACGAGAAUUUGUAUUUGCGAAGAAGGAGGAUCACUAAAGUGUCAACCUAGAUGUCCACCGAACGACACAACUUCCGGUGUUACUCAGCACGAUCGUUGUGUGGCCUUAACGGAUCCAAGUGAUAAAUGCUGUACCAUCACUCUCUGUGACGUGACACUUGAGGAACAUGAACUAAAACCCGAAAAUCCAGCAGAACUUUCAGUCAACUUGACAGACGUGAAAGUCCUCAAUUCAACUGCUAUUAAACUGAUAUUGUCAACAAAAAAUCCCGAGAAUGUGACAAUUGAGCUCUCGGAAAACAAUCACGUCUGGAGACAAGUCAAACCUGACAAAGAGGGAAUUGUACAUGGAUUGGAACCAGCUCACAGCUAUUAUAUCCGAGUGAUUGAAAAUGGACGAGUGGGUCAUGCUCUUCAUGUCUCCUUAUUAGCAGAAGUGAUCAAGACAAAUGUCUCAGAAAAAGGUGACAAAAAGUCUUGCAACCAUAGAGGAAAGACAUACAAGAUUGGUGAAGAGUGGUAUGACGAGUGUAUCUCUUUAUGUUUCUGUAAUGCAAGUGCAGUGGCUGAAUGUUCAACAAUUCAGUGUCCCACUGAUUUUGGAUUAGAUGCUCUAGAUCCAAAUUGCAUAGAUUGGGAGACUGUUCCUCCUGAUUUUGAAGCUAAACCACCUCAUUGUUGUGCUCAGGAAGUAAGAUGCAGAAGCAAUGGAUCCUGCAACUAUGAGGGGCAGAAUUAUGAAAAUUUUAGCGAGCUUCCAUCAAAUGUAACAGGCUGUGAAAAAAGAUGUUUCUGCGAAAUAGGCAACGUCACCUGCUCACCUGCCUGUCCACCAGUAACUGCUCAACCACCAUCUAAUCUACCAUGUCCACCAUACGAGGCAAAAUUAACCCACUUACCAGGAGAUGAUUGCUGCAUGCAAUGGAUUUGCAGUGAAGCACCAGGAGAGAACAUGACGUCCGCGAAUCUUGGCUCUUUAGCCCCAGACGCGAUCAGUCGCCCCAAGCUUGACGAUAGCAAAAAAUCAAAUAACAAGUCGGAAAUGUCCAGGCCUAUCCAGGAACCAGAGCGCGGCAUCUACCCCUGGCAAUCACCCAAAAAGACACAAAAUUCAAAACCAGAGCACGAAAUCUUCCAUUAUCCAAUGGAUCCAGGACAUCCAACAAUACCCUACAAUGGUCCCUACAAUCCUGAUUACAAACCCACUGAUCCCAGCGUUGAGGAACUCUUUGAUCUUUAUCCCCAUUCUGAAAAGACUGCACCACCCCUUAAGGAAAAAUCCAAACCCAAAUCAGAUUCCAAAAAACCUGUCGAUCCCGUAAAACCCCACAAGGACACCGUCGAACAAUUCCUCGGUCCAUUUGCUCCCGACAAGUUCCCAGUUAAUAAACGACCAAAAGAAGAACACCCCGAAGAACCACAAUUCAUUCCACUUGAUACUCACGAUCAUUCAGGACCAGUAUUCGACUUUAGUCCAACAAACGGUGAAAAUAUUCCACCCGAUCAUUUUAAUUCUCAAUUUGAAAAUCCCGCUGUUGGUCCUCCUUAUCGUGGACCGGGAAAAAUUGAACACAACGAUCCUAAUUUGGUGAUAGCACCACCCAAGAAGAAAGACUCAUCAAAUGAUGUGAAAUCCAAACCCACUGGAACGGGAAUUAAACCAAAUCAAAAGAAUCAAGUUCCCAAUAAUUCAGACGAUGAACAAUAUCAUCCUUUUAUUCACACACUCUCUCAACAUCCAGGAUUGAUUCAAUUGGAUCAUGGUCCUCCAACGGGACAUCAAGGUCUCUAUGAUCUUCAUCAAAAGAUCGUAGGACAGAAAAAUCCACCUGUUAAUCAAAUUCCACCGUACUUUAAUGGUAAUAAUGAUCCAUUACCUCCUAAGAAAGGAAUUAAAUCUCAAAUAUUUACACAAAAAAAUGAAAAUGGUGAAACUACUUAUCAUAUUCACACCUCGGAAAUUCCCAAUUCACCACAACAAAUUGAGGAAUUAUUAUUGUCACACAUUUCUCAAAAUCCAAAUAUUGGUCCUUUCCAACAUUAUCCAGCUCAACAGGGUAUUCCACACAAUGUUGCUGGACACAAUUCACCUUCCUUGCCAAUUCAUCCCGAUGAACAUAUUCCACAGUCUGGACUCACGCACUUGAACCAUCCGUUUGCCGCACAAACACCAAACCAGUCAGGACUUGAACAUGGACAUCAUCAAGUCUAUCCAAUAUCUGGAGCACCACCAGGUUUCACUGGUCCAGGUGGUCAACAAGAUGAAGUCAGCGUUCAAGCUUUAGAAGCUUUGGAUGAGCACACUGUUCGUUUAGUUUUUACUGUACCUGGUGUUCUUGUAGGACUACACGGAAGAGUUGAACUUCGUUACACCAGCGAUAAGACUAACUUUGAGCCAGCAACAUGGAAAUCGCAAGAGUUUGCACCACCAGAUGAUUUGAUAGCCACUCAACAAUUGGAAUUUGAAUUGGGCGACUUGAAACCAUCGACUGUUUAUAAAGUGAAAAUUAUCGUCAAACUUCAACAGCUAAGCAAUACUCCAAUGAGUAAAAUUUAUACUGUCAAAACACUUGAUAAACUUCCAGAAGUUUCAACAUUACCGCCACAAAUUCCAAUCGAUGCUGAACUGAGAAUUCAAGAAAUUAAUUCAACUUGGGUCAAUGUGAAUUGGAAGAUUCUCUCUGAUUAUGAACUUCAAUUCAUUGAUGGAAUUCAAUUGAGAUAUAAAGAACCAGAUAGUAAGAUUUAUAUCACCACUCCAAUGAUCCAUCGAAAGGUGACUAAUUUCGAAAUUGAAAAUUUGAAACCUUCAACCAACUAUGAGGUGCAAAUUAUAUUUAUACCCUUCCCUGGACAAACGACUGAAUUGAUCAGCGAUAAAAAGACUCACUUUACAACAUACCAAGAGCCAGAUCCCUAUGCAUUCAAUAUUCGAGUUGAAAUCAACAAUAUUAAAUCAAGAGAUGUGGAAGUUUCUUGGAAUGGAGUUCCUUAUCCUGAAGACAAGUACGUCAAUAUUUACAGGGCUAUUUAUCAAAGUGACAGUGGAAAAGAAGACACAAGUGUCUUUAAAAUAGCGAAAAGAGAUUCACCAGCAAAAACAAUUGUCAGUGAACUUAAACCUGGAACAAGAUAUCGAUUAUGGAUUGAAGUCUAUUUGACAAAUGGAAAAAUUAAAAAGAGUAACGUUCAAGAUUUUAUCACAAAAGCUGGCGUUCCACUUCCUUCUGGUGUUUCUGGAAAAUUGGCAUCAAUUCCACUUCACGAAGGUGAUUAUUAUGGACCAUUGGUGAUUGUUGCGAUAGUUGCAUCAUUGGCUGUUUUAUCAACUCUCAUUUUAUUGAUGAUGCUGAUGAAAAGGAGAACUAGCAGCAAGGCUGAUAUUUCACCUCGUAAAACAACAUCAGCCUAUGACAACCCUUCCUACAAGGUAGAAUUGCAACAAGAAACUAUGGACUUGUGAGGACACAGUAACAGUAAGCAACGGGCGGAAUAAUAAACCAGCAGCAGAACACGAAAUGUCCACCAUGAACUCAAGUGCCAAUGCUAAGGAGAAUGCAUAAAUCGCCUAACUUAUUGCCUCAUGUCUAAUAUAAUAAGUAUAUAUUAGAUAUUUCUUAUAAUUAACUCCGUCCAUAAAUUCAUCUCAUGAGAUGUAUUUUACAAAAAAAAUAUAUAUAUAUAUAUAUUUGAUUGAAAUUCGAUGAUAAUCGAAAUAAUCGAAGAUUCAAAUAAUUCAAUUUGAUAAAAUCAAAGAUCACAUCAAUCGUAUUUGAAUCUAAGUCUGAAAAUGUUGUGUUGUAUGAAAGUCUGUAAAUAGAAUCCAUCUUGCAAUAUUUAAGUUUACAUAUGAAAAACUUAUAUUUUAGAUGAAAAAAAAAAGUAUUCGUUUCGCAUUAUAUAUUAUUAAAAUUUACAUAUUAAGUAAAACAAAAUAUACAUCUAUAUAAGUAAAAUUACUAGGCUAAAUUUCAUAAAUCUGAAAAAUCAUAUUAAAUGUAAGCAAAUUUAUAUAUACAUAUAGUUUUAUAAGCAAUAUUAUAUUACAAUAAGCAAAAAAAAAAAAAAAAAACAAUGUAUGAGAGUAGAAACUAAUGUUCGAUUUUAAAAUGAAAAAUACUCCACAAAAAUUGACAGAAAUUUAUAUAAUCAUGUUUAUUUUUUUUUAAAUUGGUUGUGCCUUCAAUGAAACUUUCAUUGUGACUAUAGAAUUUUUUUUUUUAUAUUUUAGUUUAUGCCGAUGUUAUUAUUAACGAAUAUUUUAUACAUAUUCUAGUGAUUAAGGACGUUCAAUCCAAUAUCGCCUGAUCAAAUUUUUGUACAGCUAUUUAGGUGUAUAUUUAGAUUUUAAGAAUCUAAUAAAAACCAGUUUAAGAAUAAA